CGGCUUCCGGCGGGCGGGCGGCGGCGGGAGCGCGUGCCUGGAGGCGGGCGCGGGCGGCGGCGCAGCCAUGGCGUACCGCGGGCAGGGCCAGAAGGUGCAGAAGGUGAUGGUGCAGCCCAUCAACCUCAUCUUCCGCUACCUGCAAAACAGGUCCAGGAUCCAGGUGUGGCUCUAUGAGCAAGUGAACAUGCGGAUAGAAGGCUGCAUCAUUGGUUUUGAUGAAUAUAUGAACUUGGUGCUGGAUGACGCAGAGGAGAUUCACUCAAAAACGAAAUCAAGGAAACAGCUGGGUCGGAUCAUGUUAAAAGGGGACAAUAUCACUCUUCUACAAAGUGUUUCUAACUAGAAUUUGCUGUUCUUCACUUAGAACAAUAGUUACUGUGCUUCAGAGUGGAUAAAGUGCUAGGUCAUGGGAACAUGACCUGCUGGUAGAUAGGAAGCUGUGUGUAGCUGGGGUUGCAUGCUGAGUUUAAAAUGACUUGUUUCUUUGUGGGAAUAUUUUUUUUUUAACUUUGAAAUGAUAAAAGAUGUAUUUCACAAAUAAACAUUUUUCAUGUUAACUGUAAACAUAAA